AUGGACCAAGCUAUGGCCGCAUCCAAAUACACCUAUGUCCAGUACUAUGACAUUCAUAAGUACAGCAAGAUCACCGAAGGAGAGCACAGUAUCCAAGAUCUUCCUCUUGUAGAUUCGCCCCUCGUCAAGGGUAAGAAGUUCAAGGAGUUCUUCCACGUAGUCAAGAAUGUCUCUGCCUCAGACUACCAGACCAUCGUGGAGAUCAUGAACUCAGACCCAAACCGCAUAGGUCACUUACCCGAUUCUGUUCGUCCACGAGAUGCGCUUGGGGAUCAGUGCAAGCUCCAGAUUGUGAUUUGGCCCAAUCAGGACAACGACACCUAUACCGUGAUGAAGUUCUUUCAUUCGAAGGUCCCUGUUCCGCUUGGCCUUGCCAAAGCCUUUUGCGCCCAGGAGGUCAAAGUCUUGAACUACGCUGUUUCCGAUAACUCCGACUUGCUGAAGAAGGCCUUCCUCUAUCUCUUGUCACGCAUACCAGGUGAGAUGUGGAUGACACAAGCUCUUGUGCAAAAAAGCAUUACCAAUGUGAAAACCAACAGUGAUGGUGAGAUGAAAUGGGACCCUAGUCCUGAAGAGCUCAGGGCUGGCAUUGAGCACAUCAAUAACCACGCGCCACUCGCCAAUGCCAAGAAUGAGCAGUUCUUGUGGUCAUUGCUAAACAUUCGCGACAAGGAUAGCCCCAUCUGUGGUUGGCCGCUUCAUAUUGUCGGCAAAGCGUGUGGCAACAGGGCCACCGGUAACAGCCAGUCCGAACCGGAGUACUUCUUUCCCCUUCUCCUCCGUGAUUUGAACAGCGAGUUCCAGCGGACGGUGGUACCAAUGAUUCUGCCGACCUUGUUGAGUUUUGGCUUGAUCAUUCUUGGAAAGCCAGGCAUUGGAAAGACUCCUGCAGCGAUCAUCAUGGUCAUGGCCGUGGCUCGCUACCUGAUACAGGCCCGCAAUAUGGACGGCUACUUCCCGGGAUGGCAACGCUCCAAACAGAUCGAUGGAUUCAAAGAACGACCCGGGGAGAUUCACAUCCCUGUCAUCUUGGACGAUCCGCUCCUUCCCUCCAUCAAUGUCGAAGAUAUCAAAUCGUUUCUGGACGUGGGCGAGAAUGGUCUGGUGGAUGCACGCUAUCGCGCAGCUAAGUUUGUCAGGAAUCAGUGCCGGGUUCUUCUUAACAAUGAAUGGUCCCCUGAGAAGGAACCGGAGUAUGUUGGCUUGCCUAUGAUCACUUGGAAGCAGUUCUUGGCUAUGUUCAAGCCGGCUUUAAAUGAUGCCCAGAUGCCUCACAUCAUGGCUACUUUGAAGAGGGCUUCUGUGAUCAUUGCCGGCAACAACGCGAUCUAUGUACGGUUGGCUUCGGAACACCAAAGCCAAAGGAUCCAUUGCAUCAACAACAGUGGGAUUACGGAAGAUUGGUUACAGCCAACCAACAAGCCGCAUUACGACCACUACAAGAAGGGACAGCACACCAAGUACCAGGACUUUAAUCGAUACGUGGAGGAAGAGACGAACUUCGUCUCUGAAUUGCUUGCCUCGCCAGAGGAGAAGGAAUACCUGCGCAGGGGUGCCACUUACGAUCGCUGGGCAGAGGGAGAUUUCACAGAGCCGGAUCUCAUGACUCCGCGUCCUUCUACUCCCGCAAUGGCCUCUAAUCCUCCCGAUUCAGUCCCUGGAGGUAUGUCAUCCAGUCCUCUCAUCGCAUCCCCGCCGGCCAAACAAGCCAGGAUUGACAUGGACGACUCCGAUGGCGAGCCAUUGUCGCCAGAUUACAAUGCCUGA